GUCCUCCUCCGCCUCCUCCUGGUCUUGGCCCCGGGGGCCCCGGUGACCUUCCGCCACCACCGCUACGACGACCUGGUGCGGACGCUGUACAAGGUGCACAACGAGUGUCCCCACAUCACGCGGGUCUACAGCGCGGGGCGCAGCGUCCAGGGCAGACACCUCUACGUGCUGGAGUUCAGCGACUACCCCGGGACCCACGAGCUCUUGGAGCCGGAGGUCAAGUAUGUGGGGAACAUGCACGGCGACGAGGUGCUGGGCCGGGAGCUCCUGCUGCAGCUGUCGGAGUUCCUGUGCGAGGAGUUCCGGAGCGGGAACCAGCGCAUCGUCCAGCUGGUCCAGGACACGCGCAUCCACCUCAUGCCGUCCAUGAACCCUGACGGCUACGAGGUGGCGGCCGGGCAGGGCCCCAACGUGUCCAGCUACCUGGUUGGCAGGAGCAACGCGAACGGGGUGGACCUCAACCGAAAUUUCCCCGACCUCAACACCUACGCGCACUACAACGAGAGGCACGGGGGCCCCAACCACCACCUGCCCCUGCCGGACAACUGGAAAAGCCAGGUGGAGCCCGAGACCCGGGCCGUGAUCCAGUGGAUACGCUCCUUCAACUUCGUGCUCUCGGCCAACCUUCACGGAGGCGCGGUGGUGGCCAACUACCCCUACGACAAGUCCCUUGAGCACCGGGUCCGAGGAUUCCGCCGCACGGCCAAUACGCCCACGCCAGACGACAAGCUAUUCCAGAAGCUGGCCAAGGUCUACUCCUAUGCUCACGGCUGGAUGUACCAGGGCUGGCACUGUGGCGACUACUUCCCGGACGGCAUCACCAACGGGGCUUCCUGGUAUUCUCUCAGCAAGGGCAAAUUGUUCCCCUUUAAGACGUUUUCAUUCGGGAAAACCAAAAAAGUCGCUCAGGACGAGAUCGGGUGA